AUGCGGCGCCGGGUUUUUCGCGAAUAGCCGUCGGAGGCCGCGAGAGGCUUCCGGGAGUCGUGGCGCAGGCACAGAAGGCAAUCCUGCGCGCGGCUAGUGCGAUUUUGACUGCAUGCAGCGCCUCUGGCACAGCGCACUGUGAGAGGCGACGUGUUGUAGGCCCAGACGCGCGCAAGACCGGGUCGACGCACCGUCGGCGCGUCCCGAACUCCAAAACCACCGCGUGUGUCGCGCACGGGCUGCGUUCGCGCGCCCGGGGCAGCGUUGCAAGCGACAGAGCUUGGUCAGGAGCGCCGCCGCCGCGUCGUCAUGGCCGCCGCCGCCUUCGCCCCGGUUUCAACAGGAAUACUGGUACCAGCGGACGCGGCCGACCAGUACCCGGAGUCCUUCGACAAGACCUUCAAGCAGACCCUCGUCAAGACCAUCGACGGCUUCGACGAACAAGCGUACAGAGAGCGCUACGCCGAUUGUGAAUUAGAUGAACACACGACGGAAGUCCACAGAGUUGAGUCAGCACCGGUCGUCAAGGCUGGCGCCGUGCAGAAGCUCUUCUCGAAGCCGCGGCGACGGGCCGAGAUCUUGUCCUGGCAUUUAAGAAGGCAGGGCAAGUGGCAGGACGCGAAGAAGUUCGAUGCGACGUUGAACGCUGUUCGUAAGCCUCCCAAGGAAGAUCCCAUGCUCAAGGAGCGGUCGAGGUUCUGGACGGCACGCGCUCCUAGGUUCAAAUUGGAGGCGAUUUCGGCCACGCAAGAUCGCCGUGAUUUACAUCGGGACCCGCCAGUCCUAACCUGGGGCACGGAACAUGAAGCGAUGCAGCGGGACGCGUCUCCACGCAUCAAAGAAGCUUAUAGACAGAAAGCUGCUGAAAGAGAUAGACAAAUGGCCAUUCGAGAAGCAGAAGAGCUACUGAGGGACGCCUGCGAUAGUAGGGAUGCGGACAGUGUGGACCAUGCGCUACGCCAGGCCAAACACGUAGGCGUGCCUCGCGAUUCGGAGGCCUAUGAACUUGCUAAAUUUGUGCAGAAGGAUCUCGUGAGGCAGCGGGCCUACGACGAGAAGCAGGCUCUGCUGAAGCGAGACAAGCAGGAGGUCGAGAAUGUCGGCAAGUACCUCUGGAAGGCGCGGCACUACACGGACCCGACGUGCUUCGGGACUGAUGACGACAUCGUGCGAAGCGCGAGAGAGGCACAGAUGGACCUCGCCGACGGCUCCGUGUCGACCAUAAAGUCGAACGUGAACCCCAAGAAGCUGCCGCCCGCCAUCAAGCCGCACGCCGAGACCUUCCAUCCACAGCGCGUGCGGCACCACUACACGCCCGGGUCGCCCACCGUCACGGUGGAACGGGCCGGCGCCGUCGUCUGCAAGCGCGCUACGCCUCAUAGAGCCAGGCGGCGCUACCCCUAG